UAUGAUUUGGGAUGUUUUUAUCACCGACGUGGGAAGAUUCCGUGUCCCCUUCGUAUAACGUUUCGGCCCUGGACUAGAUUGGAAAACGAGGAGACAAUGUCUGACGCCGACGAUGCUCGCAGUCCGGACCAGCUCAACAAAUUCGAGAGACUGACAGGGAGGCCACCGCACGAUGUAGUGCUGGCAGCCCAUCGUACACCACCUGCCCGGAGCGGGCAUCGCUGUGUGGCUGACAACACUAACCUAUAUGUGUUUGGGGGUUACAACCCGGACUACGAUGAGUCUGGUGGCUCGGAGAACGAGGACUAUCCGCUGUUCAGGGAGCUUUGGCGGUACCACUUUGCUACGGGCACCUGGCAGCAGAUCCGCACAGAGGGCUACAUGCCCACGGAGCUGGCCUCUAUGUCAGCUGUUUUGCAUGGCAACAACUUGCUGGUGUUUGGUGGCACCGGCAUCCCCUUUGGUGAAAAUAACGGGAAUGACGUUCACGUCUGCAAUGUCAAGUACAAGCGAUGGUCGCUGUUAAAUUGCCGGGGGAAGAAGCCAAACAGAAUCUAUGGACAGGCGAUGGCUAUUAUCAACGGCUUCCUUUAUGUGUUUGGAGGGACAACGGGCUACAUUUAUAGCACAGACCUGCACAGGCUGGAUCUCACCACCAGGGAGUGGAUCCACCUCAAGCCUAACAAUCCCCCAAACGACCUUCCAGAGGAACGGUACAGGCAUGAGAUAGCACACGAUGGACAGAGGAUCUACAUUCUGGGAGGGGGAACCUCAUGGACAUCAUACCCACUGGACAAGAUUCAUGCGUACAAUCUAGAGACCAAUUCCUGGGAGGAGAUUACAACUAAACCUCAUGAUAAAAUAGGGUAUCCUGCUCCAAGGAGAUGUCACAGCUGUGUGCAAAUACGAAAUGAUGUAUUUAUUUGUGGAGGUUACAAUGGGGAGUUGAUACUGGCUGAUCUGUGGAAGAUCAACCUGCAGUCAUUCCAGUGGAGUAAACUACCUGCGGUGAUGCCUGAGCCGGCCUACUUCCACUGUGCUGCCGUCACCCCAGCUGGCUGCAUGUACAUCCACGGUGGCGUGGUGAACAUCCAUGAGAACAAGAGGACAGGCUCCCUGUUUAAGAUCUGGCUGGCGGUGCCCAGCCUGCUGGAGUUGUGCUGGGAGAAACUUCUCAAGGCUUUCCCGCACCUUGCCACAUUCCCCACCAUGCAGCUACUCAACCUCGGCCUCACACAGGAACUUAUUGAGCGGCUUAAAUAGGCUGCACAGCAGAGACUGGAUAAAUGGAUAGACAGAGGGAUGGGAUGAAAGGAGAUGACUGUUGACAGAGCACAGGAUUUAUUUUAUGGAACAAUUCUCGGGGAAAGGACCCCCAUCCUUCCCCUGCCUGAAGUAGCCCCGCCUUAAAACCAAAAAACUAUGGGAUGCCUUUUAUUUUUCUUUCUUUCUUUGCACUUGAUAAGAUAAUUAGAGAAAACAAACGUGGAAUGUUUUGUUUUAUAGAUUUACUCAUAUCGCCAUGCCAUCGUUUACCCUGCCCGCUCCCACCACUUUGCCCCGCAACCUCUCCAUUUUUUUCCCGCCUUUUAUCUGCAACAAGGAUUCUCCUCGUUGCCUUUUUUUUCCUCCACCUCAUGAAUUAUCCUGUCUCAAAGGAAAGCUGCAUGUGUAUUUAUUUGAAAGACUAAAGCGUAUUUUCAUCAUCAGAUGAUGCUGUUUGCACAUUCGCAUACUUGUAGGCAUUUAAAUUUCAGCAGAGGCACAAAUGAGGCUGGACCGGCGUCCAGGUGGUGGUGUCUAGACUGUUGUAUCAGUGGAGGGCAGUCGUCAAACUGCCGGUCAGAAGUCGACGCCGUUCUUCUUUUGUCGUCUCCACUGUGUGGGUUCGCUGUCUAUGCGAAGAGCGGUCAAAUGCUGGGUUCACCAUAAUUCUUUUACAAUUUGAUUUUCUGCAAUACACAACUUGCUGUCUGCUUAAAACUACCACUAAACAAAAACUCAAGAGGAUGGAUAAAAGCUUUCAGCGCAUUGAUGCUUUAUUUAACAACUGCGCGUGUGUGCUUGCAGUUCUCAUUCAAGCAAACCAUACAUCACUGUGAAAUUGGUGCUCCUUAAAACAAUCUUAAAAAAAUAUUUUAUUCAAAUAAAAUCUAAUUUAAUUCUGUGGACAUUUUUACUUCCUGUUCAUGAAAUUUAAGUACUUUCACAGGAGAUUUGCCUUUUAGUAGCAGGCAAAUAAGUUACGUUCCUAUGAUGCAGUGCCUUU